AGCGGCCCAUCGGCGCCUUUGCGCCCUAUGCAGUCUGCGGGCUGCUGGAGUUGCAGUGGCCCACCGUCAUGGCCUGCCCGCCCUGCCAAGCGCAAGACUUCGGAGCUCAACUCGGCCCGUGUGACGAAGAGCAGAUGCGUUUCGUCACCUUUAAGCUGAUGAGGCCUUGCAUCGGAGGGAUGGCGGCACCCCCGGGUUACAAGGAGAGCUGUGCUGGGGAUGACAUCAAAAGCAUCGCCAAGCACGUGGGCAAGGUGGUCAAAGAGAAAUAUCCCUUGCGAGCCACCGUCGUUUCGGUUGCCGCAGUGCUUUUGGGCUGCACUCUCAUCUGCUAUGCGACGCACCUGCACAGGAGCUACCGGCAGCGAUUUCUGCAAGAUGGACUUUGA